GCGCAUUGCCGAGGCCGAGGGCUUGGCCGGGCAACUGGCGAGCGGGAGCUGUCUCGGCUUCUGACGCCCCGCGGAGUCUCGCGUUCUCUGCGCCCUCCCCCGCGUUCGAGGGUCCCGGCGGCGCGCGGCGGCCUCGAGUUUCUUCUCCUUCUGCUUCUCGCGCGACCAUGGCGGACGAGGAGCUGGAGGCGCUGCGCAAGCAGAGGCUGGCCGAGCUGCAGGCCAAGCACGGGGAUCCUUCCAGUGAUAUUGCACAACAAGAAACAAAACAGAGAGAAGUAGAAAUGAGAAAUAAUAUUUUGGCUCAAGUUUUGGAUCAAGCCGCUCGUGCCAGAUUAAGUAAUUUAGCGCUUGUAAAACCAGAAAAGGCUAAAGCGGUUGAGAACUAUCUUAUACAGAUGGCAAGAUUUGGACAGUUGGGUGGAAAGGUAUCAGAACAAGGGUUGAUAGAAAUACUUGAAAAAGUGAGUCAGCAAACUGACAAGAAAACAACAGUAAAGUUCAACAGAAGAAAAGUGCUGGAUUCUGAUGAGGAAGAUUAAUUUGAACUAUCAAAGUGAAUGUCAAGUGCAAAUCAAAUGGAAGAUGUCAAGGAAAGUAUGCUGUACCUGACAGGAGCAUAAAGUUUACACAAUUUUUUUUCCUGUACACAUUUUUAUAUAAAGGGGAAACAAAUGAUCUUGUGUUCUGUAUAAUAAAAUUAGGUGAAAUGGUUUUCUUAGAUCAUUUUUAUAUUGAAGGCCUGAGAAAUAGUUCACUGACUCCCCCUUGGCCUUCAGCUUUCCUUUGACACUACCUAGCAAACCUGCUCUGCUGUCGACACCUUAAACAGCAUGUUUGUCCUGCUUCUGGUUUCUCUUCAAAAAAUACUCUGGUUUCUCUUCAGAUCGUAUAAAUCUUUCGCCCUGCUUCUGCAACCAAAACACUGGGGAGUGAAAGAGACUGCACUGCAAACAUGUAGUUUAUCUCAGUUAGCAGGCUAAAUAUGGUAGAGAGAAUUUUCAUUCUGUGUGCAUUGAAAGCAUGGGCCUAACAUUCCUGAUCCCUUAAGCAUGGCUAAGGGAUUAGGACCUAGUCAGAGUUGUGCGGUGCCUACCUCUUCCCUUGAUGACUUUAACCAGGGCUUUGAAACCAGUCCUGCAGCAAAUCCCGAUUAGCAUUCGCCAGUUUAAAGGAUCAGGAGCACUGUGUGUGUGUUUUGACUUGGCAUGUGGAAUGCUCUCUGCAGUUUGCCCAAAUAAAUCCUUGUUUGAAACUAAGCAAGAAGGGUUGGCAAUUCGAUGACUCCAUAAGAGGUUCUGUAUCUGGCUGGAUGAUCUGCUGCAUUUAAUAGUAGGUAUUGGCUCUGCUUGGGGGGGAAAUACAAUUUCACUAAGGUGCUUUUUUCAUGAAGAAGCUAGUAGAGUCAUUAGUUGAGAAUGCUUCAUCUGUUGGGCAUGAUACAGUCAGGGGGGUAAGCAUUUAAGUCCUCUUAUUUUUCAACAGGAGACUUGAAACACAGGAUUAAUUCUCUCUUACUAAAACCAAUGCAGCUUCAAAGGGCUUCGCUAUUCCUGAAUUGUGUCCCUUUUAUGUUUCAGUGCAACAUAGUCCUGCAUAGCAAAACACCAGAUUAUUCCCGCUACCUCCCUUUUUCCAAGAAUUCAGAAUUGUCUAAGCAGUUGCCCAGACCCCCGGUGACCAUCUUACAUGCAUGAUGCCACUGUAACUUCAUGUUGUGCCUUUGAGAAUGCUAUGAGAAGUGUUUGAUUAUAUUGUAUCAACGUCCCAUGUAAGCCAGAAUGUAAAAGGAGAAGGUGGUAUUUGUCUCUCCUGGUUUUUAGAGGUUAUGCCCAUAUAUAAUAGAGCUUUGCAAUUAAAACCAUUGUGUAAAGGACA